GCUACAUUAGCACUUGGUGUUACUUUACGUUUGCUCCACUGCUUCCAAGUUCAGCCGUAAAAUUAUAGUCCUGGUUUGGGAACAGCCAUUGUUAUAUCUGUACAUCCUUAUCUUGCCUUCAUAUAUUAACGUUCCUACAAUUUAAGCACUAGCUUUCCAACGAGUCACAUAAUGUUAGAAGAUGAGUUCGCUGAGCUGGAUCUAAAUGAAAACUCUGAAAACAUCUUAAAUGUAUCGUUAAAUUCUGAGUCCUGUCUGCAAACUGGAUUUACACCUGAACGAAAUGUUGCACAUGACUCAUCACCAGCUGACAUUAGGAAAGAUACUGAAAAUACUGUUUCCGAUGUCGCAUUUGUAAAAAUCACAAGCCCUGAAAAAGUUGGUGGAGGGAUUUCAUCAUACAUAGUAUAUCGUGUCAUUACCAAGUUAAAUGACAAGGAGUUUUCAGUCCUCAGACGGUUUUCUGAUUUCCUUGGGCUUCACGAGAGGUUGGUCUCGAAGUAUCUCUCUGAAGGAAUUAUCGUGCCCCAUGCUCCUUCUAAAGAUAUGUUAGCUACAACUAAAGUUAAAAUAUCGAAGGACGCUUCUACAGAAAAUGAGUUUGUUGAACGUCGUCGGAUAGCUCUAGAACGAUUUCUAUCCCGAGUACUCUCACAUCCAGUUUUGCGUAUUGAUGAAUACGUUUGUGAGUUUAUUCAGCAUGAUGGAGAACUUCCACGUGCAACAAACACCCAACUGUUAUCCGGUGCUGCAGCGAUAAAAGCGAUGAAAAAUUUGGGUGGUGCGAUUGGAAAGCUUGCUUACAAAGUUGAUGACCCGGAAGAGAAUACUGCUGAGAAGAUAUUUAGUUUCGUAAGGCAUGAUAAUCGAUUCAUAAGAGUCAAUUCUACAUACAAAAUGUUUCUAAACUUAAAAGACAACAAUAUAAAACUGUAUAUUCCUAUCACCAAAUGGUUAAAUGAUUGACUUUAUGGAAGUAGUGAAUAAAUUUAUUUCCAAAAAAAUUUAGAGUUUGUAUUUGUGAUGGUCUG